AUGGCAGACGAGGACACCAAGCUCUUCGACCAGUGUCGCAUUUGCAUUGUGUGCUCAAAUGAUCUCCCUCUGGAGACUGCGGAGCAGCUUGCUACAGUGAUCGGAGAAUAUGGCGGCGAACCGUCAAUACACGAGUCUAGCCCUGAAAAAGAGGACACUCUCGAAUGCACUCAUAUUGUUGCAAAUAACACCCACUUUCACACCUACGACCUCGCUCGCAAGACUCUCAUUCCCGUGGUGAAGCCCUCGUGGGUGCAUAACUCGCUAGCGAAACGGAAAGUGGCCAACCCCCGUCAACACAGCCCCGAUCCGCGCCUUUUCCUCAGCGAUGUAGUCGUUACCUGUGGUGAUAUCCCAGAAGGCGACAAGGAUGCGAUUAUCGGCGGGGUCGUGGCCAAGGGUGGAUUGUACAGCCCCCGAAUCACUGGAAUGGUUACCCACCUGGUUGACUUGACUGUGGAAUCGGACAAGGCGCGACUGGUGCAGGCCAAGAAGUUGCGUGUAAAGAUAGUUUUGCCACACUGGUUUGACGACUGCCUGAAACUCGGUCAACGCAUUGAUGAACGCCCGUACACACUCCCAGACCCUGAGAUCCUCCGCCCAGGCCUUGAUGCUCCCAUUCGAUCAAACGAGAACAAGGAUCUGGCAGGGGCAUCUACCCCUGAACCUUCCAUAAUGCCCACGCCACCCAGUAUCCCACGUACCGGGGACCAAUCGAGUGUCUUUGCAGGAAAAUCCAUCAUGCUCUCGCGAGAUUUGGGCAUUGGCUCACAUAUGCUGGAGUCUAUCGAGGCCGUGCUCAAGCAAGGUGGUGCUACCAUAACAUCCAAAGUCGAGGAUGCGGACUGGUUGAUUUGCCGAUUCCGAGAGGGCUUUGUGUACAGGACGGCAUCACGCUUGGAGAAGAUUGUUGGCAACCUCGCCUGGCUGUACCAUCUUAUGACCUUCAACACUUGGACUCGACCCUUGACUAAACUCUUGCAUUACCCCGUGUCGCGCACACCAAUUCCUGGAUUUGAAGGGUUGAAGAUCAGUCUUUCCAACUACGUUGGCGAGGCGAGAAUUUACCUCGAGAAUCUAGUUGCAGCAGCGGGUGCUGAGUGCACCAAGACAUUGAAACAAGAGAACACGCAUCUGAUCACCGCUCAUGGUAACAGUGAAAAGUGUAGUGCGGCACGAGAAUGGGGACUACAGGUGGUUAACCAUUUGUGGUUGGAAGACAGCUACGCCGCAUGGAAACUGCAACCGGUGUCCAACCCUCGGUACAACCACUUCCCGCCUCGGACUAACCUUGGCGACAUUGCUGGACAGAAGAUGCUGGAUAUCGACGUUCUUGAGCGGAACUUCUUCUCUACUCAAGCCAUGGAGGAACCUUCGAGUCCUCCCCGUGCUAUGCGGGCCAAAGACCAGAACACGGAAUCGAUGCAGCCACCCGCGGAGAAGCCUCGCAAGGAAACCGAAAAGGUCUCUGAGACUGCCGAGGGCACCCCUCAGGCCAAGACUAAAACCACCCGCCGGGCAGCAGAUAAUAAGCAGGCACAGACGCCUGCGCGGUCCCGGCUGAUUCCCGACGAUAAAGAAAACGAGACACCUUCUUCGACCAGCAGCCGCAAAUCUAAAGACGCAGCAGCAGCUCGGCUCCAUGAGAUCGCCCCCGAUAUUGCUCUGUAUGAGAAGGAGAUGAAACGCGUUGGUGGUGUUAUCUAUGGGGGCCGACGAAAGUCUGACGAGGAUCGUGUAUCUAUCAAUUUAAAGAAGCGCCGCUCCGCCGAGCCACAGGAGGAGAGCGACGGCGAACAAGCCUCGGAUGCGAAGCGACAGAAGAAGUCUCGACCUCCCAUUUCCAUGCACUUGCUGAUUACUGGCUACCAAAAGUGGGUGGGCAAGGGCAAUGAAAAGAAAGAGGAUGCAGAUAAGCGCCAUCUCCGAGAUCUUGGGAUCAUGGUAGUUCAGGAUGCCCGCCGAUGCACUCAUUUGGCUGCACCUUCCAUCCUGCGCACCGCCAAAUUCGUUAAUGCACUGGCCUAUGCGCCAGUGAUUAUGAGCACUGACUUUGUCGACAACUGCCUCUCGCAGGAUGAGUUGCUUGACCCUAAGGACUUCCCACUUGUGGAUAAGACGGCUGAGUCAAAGUUCCAUAUGUCCCUUGCCAAGUCAUUGGGAAAUGCAAAGAAAAACAAGAACAAGCUUCUGCGUGGCUUCCGUGUCUAUUGCGUGGAGGAUAUCCGCGGAGGGUACGAAGCAUUCAAAUCGAUCGUGGAGGCAAAUGGCGGCGAGUGUUUGCUCUUCCGUGGUCGCCUCGCAUUGAAUAACACUUCUCGAAGGGAAGAGAGCGAUGAUGAAGACGAGGAGAUGCAAGAUGACGAGCCUGGUCGCAAUGAAGCCUUCCUUCUGAGCGGUGCUGAGCGCAAGCAUGCUCGCCUUUGGCCUCGAUUCCGUCAACUAGCUGGCGAUGUCAAGCGAACUCCCCGCAUCGUGCGUGUGGACUGGCUGCUCGACAUGGCCAUGUCGCAGGAACUGCGGGCGGCGGAUGAGUACGAGCUAGACGAGAGCUCGAUUGAGGAUGCAGACGAGUAG